AAGGCAGGCAGGAAGCCCUUCGGCUUGGCAAUGCGUGCGAGUGGAGAGAGCGCAAAUGCAAACUGAAACCCCACUCCUUUUCUGAUAACGGAGAGGAAGAGAGACAGAGAGAAGAAGCAGACUGGAAUUCCAACCCUCCGUGUAUUUAUGAUAGUUUAAAGGUCUCUUUUGAAAAUGUAUGACCGUUUGGAUCCUCGGCGCGAGCCUAGACGUGUUUCUAAAGGCAUCAUAGGCAGCGUCGUCUGACCAAGGAGGGCUCGGGCGCUUUCCGUUCCUAUCCUUCGCUUCCCCCCUCUUGGUGAGGGGCUAUAUUGGAACAAGGUUUUGGGGCUUUUUGCAUUUGAAUCCUACUGCGCAACCAGACGGAUCACGUGGGAUGUGGAGUUGAUCGAUUUGCACCGUUAAAUGUGAAAAGAGAAACGUGGAAAGGUCUGUUAAAAUACCAUAACCGCUUUCUUCUGGAUUACGGGGGACUCUACUUUUACCGAGGGAAAUACACCGGUGGGCUCGGGGAACCGGAGUGAUUUUUAUGCCUGUUUAAAAUGGAGACGCACAUAUCGUGCCUCUUUCCGGAAAUUUUAGCCAUGAUUUUCAGCUACUUGGAUGUAAGGGACAAAGGCAGGGUGGCCCAAGUGUGCGCUGCUUGGAGGGACGCUUCCUACCACAAGUCGGUGUGGAGGGGGGUGGAAGCCAAGCUGCAUCUGCGACGGGCCAAUCCUUCUCUCUUCCCCAGCCUACAGGCCCGCGGAAUCCGGAGAGUACAGAUCCUCAGCCUGCGGCGGAGCCUCAGCUACGUGAUCCAGGGGAUGCCAAACAUCGAGAGCCUGAACCUGAGUGGCUGCUAUAACUUAACGGAUAACGGCCUGGGGCACGCGUUCGUCCAGGAGAUCCCUUCCCUUCGGGUUCUGAACCUUAGUCUGUGUAAACAGAUCACGGACUCCAGCCUGGGCCGGAUCGCCCAGUAUCUGAAGAACCUGGAGGUUCUGGAGCUGGGCGGGUGUAGUAACAUCACCAACACGGGGUUGUUGCUCAUAGCGUGGGGCUUACACCGGCUCAAGAGCCUCAACCUCCGCAGCUGCCGGCAUGUUUCUGAUGUGGGCAUCGGGCACCUGGCGGGCAUGACCCGCAGCGCAGCUGAGGGCUGUCUCAACCUGGAAUACCUGACGCUGCAGGACUGUCAGAAACUUACGGAUCUGUCCCUCAAGCACAUCUCGAAGGGCCUGGCUAAACUCAAAGUUCUCAACCUGAGUUUCUGUGGCGGGAUCUCUGAUGCGGGUAUGAUCCACCUCUCCCACAUGACCAGCCUCUGGAGCCUUAACCUGCGCUCCUGCGACAACAUCAGUGACACGGGCAUCAUGCACCUGGCCAUGGGCACGCUGCGGCUCUCCGGGCUAGACAUGUCCUUCUGUGACAAGAUAGGGGACCAGAGUCUGGCUUACAUCGCUCAGGGCCUGUACCAGCUCAAAUCCCUGUCCCUGUGCUCGUGCCACAUUAGUGACGAUGGCAUCAACAGGAUGGUGCGCCAGAUGCACGAGCUGAGAACCCUGAACAUUGGACAGUGCGUGCGGAUUACAGACAAAGGACUGGAGCUCAUCGCCGACCACUUGACUCAGUUGACGGGGAUCGAUCUGUAUGGAUGUACUAAAAUCACGAAACGGGGACUGGAAAGGAUAACGCAGCUCCCAUGCCUUAAAGUUUUGAAUCUGGGACUUUGGCAGAUGACGGAGAGUGAAAAAGUGAGGUGAAACUAAUUUGGCGAGGAUUAGUUGGGGAGGGGGACACACAGAGGAGAGGGGGUAACGGAGCAGGAGACCAGUGGGCGGGGAAAUGUUCCUUACAAAAAAAAUCCUCUGUUCGCAAUCUCGUCGUAGUUGGAUAUUUUCUCUUUAAAUGUAACUUAAAGCUACAAAACUGUGAUUUUAAAAUAUGUUGCGCGAUUUUAGGCCUAAUCAUCAUCAAAUGCAUGUUUUCAUUAUUAACAACACAAUAUCCCGCCCCCGCAAUAUUAAGACAAACAACUUUUUUUUAAAUUCCUAAAGGAGUCGCAAUAUUUAACUUCAACCUCUCCAACUAUCGCGCCUAAUACAUUUGGCUACCUCGUUUAUCAAUGUGUUGUAAUGAAUCAAUGUAUUCUUAAAAAGAAAGAGAGAGAAGAGGAGAGAAAUUGUGCCUAUAGACUGGAGUAGUCCCCUCCCCCAACGCGUCUCACGCUUGGAGAAUCCUAGCAGCAAAAAAGAAAGGCUCUAACUACCUUUGUGUUAAUUUGCCCAGAAACGCUUAACAAUGAAGAAGAGAAACGAACAGAGUUUCGUUUAAAAGGACUGCUCACAUUCUGACAAAAAAUAGCGACUUUAUGCAAAUUAAAACGGAUUAAAUACUGGUUUGUAUCCGAAAUCA